AUGGCUUUUACCAGUGAAAAGUCCGGCGUAAGGAAGGUGUGGGAUAUGAUAUUUAAGGAUGAGAAAUGGAUCGAAAGCUUGCUUCUAAUAAACAAAAGUUAUGCGGAAGACGGAAUCCGUAAAUCUAUUAAUCCAACGUUAAUAAGCAUUGAUUUAGAAAAACUUAAAAUGGGGUUAAACACAAGAUAUUUUGAAGCCGACGGGCCAUUUAACGAUAAAUGA